GUGUCUGGUGAACACGACUAAUAUUAUCUAUAAAAUAAUUGUGAUAAGACACUAUCUUCAUUGAAAAGCAUAAUAAAUAUUCCGUAUUGUAAAGUUGGCGACAUUGGUGAUAUCCUCAACCGUUAACCGUUUUUUACAUAGAACGUAAAUAGUAGUAGAUACUAGAUAUACAAAAUUGAAAAUAAUAUAAUUACUAAUUAUUAUUAAUCUGUACGAUACGAUUCAUUUUUAAUAACAUUUAAACCAGGAUUCGGAUCAGGUUUAUUAUUGAUUUAUAAUAUUUAAUAUGUUUUCACAAAUCAUACGUAAUGUAAAUCUAGAUGUCGAGCCAUCAUCGAAUGUCUCGAACGAAUUUAGUGAACUAUUGAAACUAUCUGAGCAAUCUCAUUUAGAAUAUGAAGAAGCAAAGACCAAACUAGAAGAGAUCAAUAAGGAAAUAAAUCACUAUGAUGAACAGUUGAAUAUUAUUGAAAGAGAACGUGUCAAACUAAUGUCGGAGUUGGCUCUUCAAAUGCAGAUGAAACACGACUUAAAAAAUAAAGUGGAAAGUCUGAAAAAUAUACUACAAUCAACGGAAUUUGACUUAAAAAAAUAUAACAAAAUGAAGUUAAGUACUGCUGAUCAAGAUAUUUUUUCUCUUACCAAAAAAAAAUUCAUUACUUAUAAGAAUAUGUUGAAGAUAUAUUUUGAUUAUUCCAAUGGUGCAAAUGCAACUACACAAAAAGGAUAUACAUAUAACAGAAUCACAAAAAAAUUAGCCUAUUUUGAGUUUAAUACAGAUGAAAAAACCGACAAUGAAAUUUCAGAAUGUUUGUGGAACAAAAUUAAGUUAGUUUCAGAUAAAAAUUGGGAAACAUUAUCUGUAUAAUAAUUUUAUUUACCUGUAAUUAUGUAUUUUUAAAUAAAUAAUUUAAAUUUAAGAUUAGGAAUUUGAUUUUUAUUUUGAACAAUUGUGAAUUGCCAAUUAGCAUACUACUUAUUUUUUUUUAAAUUUAAAUAGAUGACGUUACAGUUGCUAAGCUUUUUGAUAAAAUAAAGUGUUUUUAUUCUAACAAAUCUUAUAUUACUUAUUACUUAAUCAUUAUAUAAUUUGUUGUAUAAAAAAAUAAACAUUUCUAAUUAAAUAUCUACAAGUAAAAUUUAAAAUAAAUAUUUCAUCAGUAAUAUUUAUACUUGUUAAAAUAUGUUAUGUAUUUUGUAUGUUUAUUGUUUAAUGUUUAAUAAUAUUAUUUUAUACUUGAUUUACUUUUUUAAUUGUAUUUUAUAAUAGUAUAUUAAUAUAGAUAAUGUAUAAUAUAUUAUUUGUAGUUAGGUCUAUUAACAAUAUUAAGAUACUUUAAUUUUAAAAUGUAUUAAUUUACUAAUUUAAAAUUUUUGUUUUUGCUUUUGUACAUAAUAAGGUGAACUGUGUAGUGCUAAUAAAUAUUAAUUGGAUAAAUAACAAUAA